AAGGAGCGAGAGAAGGAACGAGUGAAGGAGCGAGAGAAGGAACGAGUGAAAGAGCGAGAGAAGGAACGAGUGAAAGAACGAGUGAAGGAGCGAGAGAAGGAGCGAGUGAAGGAGCGAGUGAAGGAGCGAGUGAAGGAGCGAGUGAAGGAACGAGUGAAGGAGCGAGUGAAGGAGCGAGUGAAGGAGCGAGAGAAGGAGCGAGUGAAAGAACGAGUGAAGGAACGAGUGAAGGAGCGAGUGAAAGGGCGAGUGAAGGAGCGAGUGAAUGGGCGAGUGAAGGAGCGAGUGAAGGAGCGAGAGAAGGAACGAGUGAAGGAGCGAGAGAAGGAGCGAGAGAAGGAGCGAGAGAAGGAACGAGAGAAGGAGCGAGUGAAGGAGCGAGUGAAGGAGCGAGUGAAGGAACGAGUGAAGGAGCGAGAGAAGGAACGAGUGAAGGAGCGAGAGAAGGAAC